UCCGCCGUCACCCCGGUACCGGUGCCGGUGCCGCCGCCAGCGGCCAUGAGCAAGCGGAAGGCGCCGCAGGAGAGCCCCAAUGAGGGCAUCACCGACUUCCUCACGGAGCUGGCCAAUUACGAGCGCAACGUGAACCGGGCCAUCCACAAGUACAACGCGUACAGGAAGGCGGCCUCGGUCAUCUCCCGCUACCCCGGCAAGAUACAGAGCGGGGCCGAAGCCAAGAAGCUGGAUGGAGUAGGCGCUAAAAUAGCUGAGAAGAUAGAUGAGUUCUUAUCCACGGGAAAGCUGCGCAAGCUGGAGAAGAUUCGACAAGAUGACACAAGUGCAUCCAUCAGUCUCCUGACACGAGUUACUGGCAUUGGUCCUGCUGCUGCCAGGAAGUUUGUUGAGGAAGGAAUUAAGACUUUAGAAGAUCUCAGGAAAAACGAGCACAAGCUGACCCAUCACCAGCGAAUUGGGCUGAAAUACUUUGAAGAUUUUGAGAAAAGAAUCCCAAGAGAAGAAAUGCUGCAAAUGCAGGAGAUUGUGCUGAAAGAGGUAAAGAAGCUGGACCCAAACUAUAUUGCUACAGUCUGUGGCAGUUUUAGACGAGGCGCAGAGUCAAGUGGUGAUAUGGAUGUUCUCCUGACCCACCCGAGUUUCACAUCUGAAUCAUCCAAGCAGUCGAAACUUCUGCAUCAAGUUGUGGAACAACUGGAGAAAGUCCACUUUGUGACUGACGUGCUGUCUAAAGGAGACACAAAAUUCAUGGGUGUCUGUCAGCUGCCAAAUAAAGAAGAUGGAACAGCCUAUCCACACAGGAGAAUUGAUAUCCGGCUUAUCCCCAAAGAUCAGUAUUACUGUGGUGUACUGUACUUCACAGGAAGUGAUAUAUUCAAUAAGAACAUGAGAGCUCAUGCUCUGGAAAUGGGCUUCACCAUCAAUGAGUACACAAUCCGUCGCCUGGGUGUCACUGGAGUUGCUGGGGAGGCCCUGCCAGUUGAAUCUGAAGAAGACAUCUUUGACUACAUCCAGUGGAAGUACCGAGAGCCAAAGGAUCGCAGUGAAUAACUGCUUGUUUAGACACCAGAAUGAGAAUCCUGAAGUACUCCGAAAGAAUACCGUUUCCAGCUACUGUCUGUAUCUCCUUAUCUCUGCAUUACAUGUCCUGGUGUGGUGCUGAAGCUCAUGUUAAGCUGUUUCCAUGUCCGUCCUUCAAAAACCUUUCAGUAUGGCCAUGUACUGAUGCGCCCAUUCUUCUGUCACAUAGAACCCAUAUUCAUUGUUCCUAUGUUGUAGCACUAUUGGUUGCAGUGAUGUGUGUUUUGUUUGCCAUUACCCAGAAGACUGGUCUGAGUAAUUGAGGCAUUUCUACCACCCAUGUAGAGUGGAUUUGCCUUCCUUUUUAUGCAAACCAGUCAGCUCUGAUUUUGAUAGCCCCUCUUAAAGCACUGUGAACGGUAGGUAGUGAUUAUUUUGGAUGUGAGAGGGCUCAUCAAGAUUGCAUUACUAGUUGUAUGUGGGACUGGGAUUCUGUUGGUUAACUUAAAGAACUUAGUAUUAAGUAAAACUUAAUAAAAGUAAGUUUUAAGUAGCAAACUACUACUUUGAUGUAUUACAAAGCAUCAACAUGGAAUGUAUUGCUGCUAUUGUGUUUAAAUACCUUGUAGGGAUAUAAGGCUAAUGUAUUAUAGAAUUGGAAGCCUGAAAAGGCAAGACUUUUCUACAUGGCCAAACUGAGUAUUGCUAAUUAUAUGUAAUACUUCUUGAUUCUUUAAUGAUUAGGUCUGCUACCUGCCUUUAUAUGGAGGCAGAGAGGAGUUUGCAUCUGUAUGCUCAGACUACAUAACCUGACUUGAAUCAUGAAACAAAUACAGAUUUAAUACCUCUUCUUAUUUUUAUCUGACUUAAGCCUACGGAACAGCUAAGUUUUUACUUGUUCUUACAUAGUUAGUGUUGAACAGUCUUAGUAAUGGAGACUACAUCCUGAUGGUCUUGCUUAUCCCUUUAUUUUCUUCUGGUUUGCCUAUGGGGAAUUCAAUUAUUUUCAGGGAAAAAUGCAUGCAGUGGUGCGUAAGGUGACCAGCAGGUAACUCGGUAUCAUGUGAAGUCUUCUGAUGCCUCGUGGUGAAAACAGAUGUAGCUGAUGU